UUUGUGUGUGUGUGGGUCGUGCACGCGCACUGGGGAUUCCCCCUCGUGACACAAACAGCUUCUCUUUCACGUGUCAGCUCUUCUUCCUCUUCUUCUUCUUCUUCUCCGCCCGGAGCUCCUGCUGUUGUUACCGGAUAUCCAGACGAGCAGAGCCGCCUCACCGCUCCUCUCCCCCCGCUGGUUUUGUCUCCAGGUCGGUGAUGACCGCACCGUGUUGUGUAACUUUCAGAACAGUCGAUAAUCGAUAGAGAAAAGCUGGAGGCGUGGAGCUGGCUGCUGAAAUGUUCGAUCGGUUAGUGGAAUGAAACGCGGCGGCUCUCGGUUUCUCAAAGGAGCGGUGGUUCCCUCAGGUGCCCGCAGAACUGUCCCCGCUGUCCGGUCACAUCGCCGAGCACCGAGCGGCCACAGCAGCCGCGAGUAGCCUCUCAAGCCCGGGAAGGAGGGAGGGAGAAGCCCGGCGAGGCCACUACCUCCUCCACCAUGGCGAGCGACGACUGCAGUAAAGACUUGUACGCCGGAGAGAACCGCACAGACUCGGGCAUCGACUCGUACCGCUCCAUUCUGAAGUCGGAGGAGCCGCGGGACCCCGGCGCGGACCUCAGCGGGCCGAGGGAGAAGUUCGCCGUGGAUGAGCGCCUGGACUCAGCCUACGGCUCCUCGUCCAUCACCGGGGAGAGUCUGUCGGAGUUGGUGGGGAGCUGCUCGCUUUCCAGCGGCCAGGAGGAGCACACCCUCAGCUCUGAACUGUGUGAGCAGGAGGAGAACUUACUCACGACUAUAACUGAGGAGGGAGACACAUUCCUGCACUUAGCAAUCAUCCAUGAAGACGAUUUCAUCACUCAGCACUUGAUAGAGCUUUUCCCAAAAGAAGUCCUGGACAUCCAAAAUAAUUUAUACCAGAGCCCUUUGCACCUGGCCACUUAUCUGAACCUGACGGAUGUGGUGAAGAAGCUGGUUGAGAAAGGGGCCAGUCUGGAGCUGCAGGACCAGGACGGGAACACGGCGCUCCAUGUGGCCUGCCAGCACGGGCAAACUGAGUGCGCCAACGAGAUGACCAGAGACGUUUCCCCAAGCAAGCUGGCACCUGUCCUCGAGACCCAGAACUGGAGAGGUCUUGCCUGUCUUCACUUGGCUGCACUGAACAGGCAACAUCUGAUUAUGAAUUUCCUGAUGAAAAAGGGAGCUGACCUGAAUAUCCAGGAAGGAACCAGUGGGAAAACAGCUCUUCACCUCGCCGUCGAGCUGCAUGACAUCACUUCCGUGAAGCUGUUGCUCAGCAGAGGAGCCAACGUGGACGCGGCCAUGUUUAACGGCUGCACGCCCCUGCAUCUGGCGGUGGGGAGGCAGGACGCCUCCAUCGCCAACCUGCUCUGCCAGGCCGGCGCUGACACAAUGCUUCGAAACAUGGAGGACGAGACGGCGCUGGAUCUGGCUGACGGCAAUGAUGAUAUUCUGGCUCUAUUUCCUUUUGAUGAUAUCCAGAUCUCUGGGCGGUCGGUGGUCGUUGUGAAGUUCUGAGCUGAACCAACAACUCUGUAAUUGUCCGGAGCUUCACUGUGGCUCGUAAUGAUUUUCAAAAGAAAGCUGUAUUUGCGCUGAAGUUGUUAUGGAGUAGUGGCUAUAUUUUUAGUGCACUCUGAUUUGAUCUCUAUUUAUCUAUUAUGUAGACGAAUAUGCACAUCUUAUAAAUCUUACUUCCCUCUGACGGAGAGCGAUUCUGUUUGAUUGAGCGCAGAGAGAAAAAAUCUCACUUUCGCAGUUGUUGUUUUGCUUCUUUUCGUUGCCUCCCGGGGGCUUUUACUCAGCUACAAAAGUCUCCUGACUUUGAGUGCCAAACUUUCCGUCAGCAUGUUAAGUUUCUGUAAAAAAAAACAAAAAAAAGAUUCUACCUCUUCAUUAUAUUUUACCUAGAUUGAAUGGCUAGAAAAGGAACACGCAGAUUGCUUUGUUUCAGAGCUCGGAAUGCCUCCGUUUAGUAAAGGAAGUACGAUUUUCUCCUGCUUUAAACCCUGAAAACGUGAUAUUUAAUUUUAACCACAAAGAAGCUUUUUGAGGAAUGGAUUUUUUUUUCAAUUCAGUGGAAGGAGGCCUGAAGACUAACAAAUAACAAUCCUGCUUUUUUAAAAACUGAUAAACAAUAUAGAAAUGUAGUAUAAGACACAGAAUGCAGCUUCAUCUUUUUGAUCAUUUUCGGUUUGUUGCCUCAGGUCAUGAAAGAGGUUUCUCUGUUUAUCUCACUGUAGCCUUUAUCUGCAAAAAUCUCUUCUUUAGUGUGUGAUUACAUUGGCCUGUCCAGUUAACACGAGCAGUUCCCUUUUAUUUUGUAAUAAAACUUUUUUUUAAAAUUA